UUCAUUACAGUUGAGUCGCACUGAGUCAGCUCGCCGCUAUGCUCGACCACCACCACCGAAGCAGCAAAACCGAUCGUUUCCUCCUCGAUUACAACGCCGAUGAACUACGAAUCGCCGGUGAAUUUCUAUCUAACUGGUUCCCCUUUCUCUCCCUUGACUUAUGCAGCAGCUGUACGCAUACGCUUUGCGGUCGUAUCCGAUCUCUCGGACGUGAAGCUGUUGGUGAUGCAGAACAACUGAACAAACACGAGAAUUUCACAGUUUUGACUCCAGAACUUCCUGAUUCUAUUGGUUGUAACGGAAGUCUUGACAAUUGUUACAGCAAUUCACAUGGGAGUUGGCAAGAUUGUGCUGUCUUAAAUGGUACUGCAGAUACAAACUCAUUGGGUAGUUGGAAAGACGGUGCAGUUGUGCAAGAGCCUUUUGAUGAGGCAUUGGCAUGCAGGAAUAAAUCAGAUAGUUAUGUAGGUGGUGCAGAUCGGUCACUUGUGAGUUUGAAAGGUUAUGCUGACUUAAACGAUACUGCAGAUACAAACUCAUUGGGUAGUUGGAAAGACGGAGCAGAUGUGCACGAGCCUUUUGAUGAGGCAUUGGCGCCCAGGAACAAAUCAGAUAGUUAUGUAGGUGUUGCAGAUCGCUCACUUGGGAGUUGGAAAGAUUGUGCCGACUUAAAUGAUACUGUAGAUACAAACUCAUUGGGUAGUUGGAAAGACAGUGCAGAUGUGCAAGAGCCUUUUGAUGAGGCAUUGGCGCCCAGGAACAAAUCAGCUAAUUAUUUAGGUGGUGCAGAUCACUCAUCAAGACCUGUUAAAGAGGCAUCGAGAAGUAAAACUUUCCGUUCAUCGAGACCUGCAGCAAUCUGGAGGAUGAACAUGCCAUUGGCAGAUAUGUCUCAGGAGGAUGAGCUUGAUGCUGAAGAGAUUAGUGAGUCAAGUAUCCGUAGUAGCCAGUUACGUAAUGGAAAUAGUGUGAACAAAGAGGAAACUUCUGUACAAGGGCUUAAGCCAAAAAUGGAGUUGUCUAGGGAGCAUAGAGAGCACAUUCGGUUUUGUAAUGUAAAGAGGAAAAAGGAUUUCAUUUGUUUGGAGAGGGUUAAUGGGAAGAUUGUGAAUAUACGAGGCUUGGAGCUACAUACUGAUGUCUUCAGCAUGGCUGAGCAAAAUAGGAUAGUUAAAUUUGUGGAGAAACUUGAGGAGAUGGGGAAGAGUGGACAGUUAAAAGAGCGAACUUAUACGGCGCCACAGAUAUGGAUGAGGGGCAAGGGACGUGUGACAAUCCAAUUUGGUUGUUGUUACAACUAUGCAACAGACAAGAACGGCAACUCCCCAGGGAUUCUCAAGAGUGAAACUGUUGACCCAUUGCCUGAUCUUCUUAAGAACAUGAUUAGAAGGCUUGUAAGAUGGCAUGUAUUGCCUCCAGAUUGUGUUCCAGACAGCUGUAUUGUCAAUAUUUAUGAUGUGGGAGAUAUACCACCACCUCAUAUCGACAGUCAUGAUUUUGUUCGUCCAUUUUGCACUGUUUCUUUCCUCAGCGAGUGCAAUAUAGUGUUUGGAUCAAACUUGAAAACUGUAGGUCCGGGUGACUUUGCUGGUGCAAUUGCAAUUCCCUUGCCAAUGGGGUCUGUACUCGUCUUGAAUGGGAAUGGAGCUGAUGUGGGUAAACAUUGUGUGCCAGCUGUUCCUACUAAAAGAAUAUCAAUUACAUUUAGGAGAAUGAAUGAAACUAGAAGACCAAUUGGAUGUGCUCCUGAGCAGGAUCUACUAGGUCUUCAGCCUUUAUCCCAUGAAGCAGAUAGAUAUGAGAAAUCAAAAACCUAUAAACCAUGGCAUUCAAAGCAGUUGACAAGGACCUGAAAACAGUUGGGAAGAAUAAGGAAAUAAGUAAAGAUAUCAUUCAAAGCCAUAUUACAUAAAUCGAAAUUGACAAGGACCUGUAAAUAGGGGAAGUGUCAGGUUUUAUAUAGAUGAUUAGACGCAUGUCGUGGCUAUGCAGGUUGGUCCAUCAUCUUCUGCAAUUAUGGAAACUGUUGGUAUUGAUUGUUGUGUUCUCAUUUUAUCAUUUAAACCUGGAGAUGGACGGAUGGAUCUGCUUUAGGCUCGAUAUGUGAUCUUGAGUUUCCAUGCUAAUUUGCAGCUUGGAGAAAUAUUGGUGGAAAUUGGUCUCAUUCCUACUUUAAAAUUGCAACUUGGGUGAGAAAAGUCAACCUUGAUUACUUUUGAUUGUGUUCUACUAGCAGAAAUGAGAGUUAUACGCGUAUACAAUAGUGGAUAAGGACCAAGUGAAAUGCACAAAUGAUAAUUUUUUGGGUUAGCAUUUCAGUUAUCUGAAGUGUCUUUCGGAAAUUGCCUCUCAAGGUAGGGUGUGUGUGUCUCUGUGAUGUUCGUGUGAUAGAAUUUUUUUUACAUUAUGGUGAAGAGACAAAAACACAAAUUAGAUAGUAUGUUUAGUCCUCCAAUCGGAGACAUAAAAUAAUGAAUAUCCCUUUCGAAAUGA